AUGGAGGGCAGCUUGGACGGGCAAUCGCGCUCGCGCGUUUCCUUUGAAGAUGUCAAUAGAUCUCAGCAGCAGGUUACACUCGCGGAGACGGGCGGCAGCAGUCCGCGGGACUAUUUCUCUGUCGACGGCAGCGAUGAAGAGCUAGGAGAGGACAGCGAGUCCUUCAACUCGCGUCGGCGAGCUUCCCUCAACAUACGCAUCUCGCCAACCCAGGCGAAGCCGGACAUGGCCUUCACCGCGUUGCAAUACCUCCCCAUGCCUGUACUUGUCCUCUCGAGCAUGAAGACGGUGGUCUUGGCAAAUGAGGCCAUGGGACGACUUCUCGGCAUCGAUCCUGAGCCCGUGGACCAGGAGCACGUUGACGACACUCUGAUGGACCCACUCGAGAGACUCGCUAGUCGAGACAUGAAGAGUGCAACCGACAUCCUCUACGGCGUGACGCUUGGUCAGAUUGGUUUGGACUUGUUGCAGAACGGCGGCCCGGUGUUUGUGGCUUGGGAAGAUUUCCUGGAGACUGUGGUAGACGAUGCGUCUCGGGCGCAGUGUAGCGCAACUCAGCUCAACGUUUAUCACGGGAGAAGACGUGACAAAGAUACAACUCCUACAGGCGCCAGACACAAACGUUCCGUCUCCUCAGCAAGUUCGGCCAAGCUUAGCCAUUCAAGUAGUAGUGGCACGCGCACUGAGGUACAUGACGCUUUGGUCGACAUUGUCUUUUCAACAAACCGAGAUCCUAAGACAGGUCUGCCGAUGGCACACCGAGAAGAUGAAAUCGACCAUGUCCAGGCGCAAAUGAUAGUAUCCAUCUGGGCUACUGAAGACGAGCAAUACUUCACUCUCACUUUUACAGCAGGCAAGAGUGAGCGCAUGGCAAGCACACCGUCCGAAGGUACCAAGACCACCAGUCGGACCGUUUCGCGCACACCUACUAGCUACUCGAACAGCGUCCCCUCGGGUCUGUCUUCGAAUUCCAGUUCCAGCUCACGACAGUCCAAUCUCAAGAAAAGUGGUGUUCAGACUCCACCCAGCUCCAACUUCGCUAGCCCAACGACUUUGCCCAAAAUGGAUUUUCCACCCAAGGGUCCGCCUAUGACAUCCUCUCAACACGCAGCACCUACGAUGUUCUCAAAAACAAACAGAUUGAAACAGGCAAUGCUUAAUAGCAUGAAUAUCCCUGCGUACGCAAUGUGGAAAGAUGAAAGCUUCGGAAUCCCAAACAAAGCAGCAAUAAAUUUGAUUUAUCCCUGGCUCGAGGACGGCAAAUGGGAUAGCUCGGAGCAAGCGCGCAACUUUCUUUCGCAUUACACUCUGUACAGGGAAGAUUUCUCCGAGGAGAUACCAUUAGACGACUUCCCUAUUCUGCGACUCAUGAGGGAACGCAAGGCAUUCGAAGGCUAUCGCGUCGGCAUGUACAGCGCGAAGGAUGGGAGCCGCAUGCUCUUUGAUGUUGGCGGUGAGCCCCUUGUCGACGAGAAGGGGGAAUUCCUUGGUGGACUUGUGCUCUUCUACGACGUAACGACAUUCGCCAGGACGAUCAACAAGCAAAGACAACAGAACGAACAACAGUUUGAAAACAUCUGCAACAAAGUUCCUCACUUGAUCUGGCGUACCACGCCCACAGGUUCACAUGACUACUUCUCCGAUCGCUGGUACGACUAUACAGGCCUCUCGCCAGAAGACAGUCUUGGGGAGGGCUGGGUCAACGCUUUCGAGCCUAAGGAUCUCGAAGUUGCUGUUCCAAGAUGGGAGCAUUCCCUGGCAACCGGAGACGAAUAUCUUACCGAGUACCGAGCGAGAUCACGCACGGGAGAGUGGAGAUGGAUGCUUGGCCGCGCCGUCCCAAUGACAGAUGAAUCCGGCAAAAUUGCAAAGUGGUUCGGAACGUGCACCGACAUUCACGAGCUGGUCAUUGCUCGCGAAGAGGCCAAACAGACGCAAGCACAAUUGGAACGAGUCAUUGAGCAUGCAAACAUCACAUUGUGGACAGUUGACACCGAGAUGAAAUUGACCCUUGCGGAGGGACGCCCCAUGGCAUACGAGGUUUCCCGUCAUGAUGAACCGGUGUUCUAUUAUGGCGACAAUGGUUAUACUGGGCUACACAUUUCUGAGGUCUUCCGGAGACAAGGACGGGAAAGUGAGCAGGAAUCAUUCUUACGACCUAUUCGUAAUAUUCUCGCUGGUCGAGUACAAGAAGAGAUCAUUGAGACGCAGAUUUUCACCACGAAGCGUUGGUUCCGAACGCGAUUGUACCCACUCUUACGACAAGAAAGAAAAGGUGGGAUUGAGGGCGAAUCUUACAUCGACGGCGUGGUCGGAGUCUCCAUGGAUGUGACAGGUCAACGCAAAGCCGCGGAGAGGUUAGCCGAGCGUGAUAAGGUGAGUAAAGUGCCACAACUACAACGCUGUUAUGCUUACCGUGAUACAGGAAAACGCUCGACUUAUGGCUCAAAGUGUCGCAGCCAAAGAGGCCAGCAAGAUGAAGAGUCAGUUCUUAGCGAACAUGUCUCACGAGAUUCGAACUCCGAUCGCUGGCGUUAUUGGAAUGUCCGAGUUGCUCCUAGACGAUGAUAAUGGGGAGUUGAGCAAGGAGCAAAAAGAUUGUGCCGAGAACAUCCAACGCAGUGCGAAUGGAUUGCUGACGGUCAUCAACGACAUCUUAGACUUUUCGAAAGUCGAAAGCGGACGACUCGACAUUGAGGAGGUCCAAUUCGAUCUAUCUGUCGUCAUUCGAGACGUGAACAAGAUGCUAGGCUUUGCAGCUGAGCGGAAAGGUCUCGAGUAUGUGGACGACAUACAGCAUCUCAGUAAGUAUUUCGAUGACUGUGGAGGCUGCUUGCCAUCCGGAACGUUUGCUGAUCAGCACGUGUAGAAUCUUGGAAGGUCAUGGGCGAUCCUGGCCGUGUGCGACAGGUCAUGACGAAUCUGCUAACGAACUCCAUCAAGUUCACGUCAGAGGGCCAUGUUUCAAUGAAAGUCAACGUACAGAAAGAGACCGCCGACAUGGUAGAGGUGCAUUUUACUGUGGAAGAUACGGGCAUUGGCAUUGAAGAGGAAGUGCGAAGAAAGCUGUUCAUACCAUUUUCGCAGGCCGAUAGCUCCACUGCAAGACGUUUCGGCGGCACUGGUCUGGGACUCACAAUCAGCAAGAAUCUAGUGGAACUCAUGCGUGGUGAAAUCUCACUGGAGUCCACCCUGGGGGUAGGUACCAAGGCGACAUUUUGGAUACCUUUCCACAAGGCACCAUAUCAGUCGUCCGACUCUCCACUCGUGGGCCUUGGCAACAUUCCGGACAGGUUGCAGUCGGAAGUAUCUGUUAGUCGGCCUGCUUCUGACCGCAGCGCGUCUGCCACGCCCGCCACGCCAAAGCUCUCUGCGCAUCGCCGUGAUAACUCUGGAUCUGGGAUACCGGGAUACGGGUCAUGGCAUGACAGCAGCCCGCUAGAUCAAGACCUCAGCGUGGAGGAGCGAAAAGCUACCAACGUACUAGUUGUUGAAGACAAUGCAAUCAACCAGCAGAUCGCGCUGAAGACGAUCAAGAAGCUCGGCUUUCCUGUGCGAGCGGUAUGGAACGGCAAAGAAGCACUGGAAUACCUACAAUCGCCAUCCAAAGACGCGCCGCUACCUGAUAUCAUAUUGAUGGACGUGCAGGUGAGUCCGCGACUUCCAUAUCGUUCUCUGAUUUGUGGUAACGCACAAUGUACUGACUCGCGUUUGAGAUGCCAAUUCUGGACGGUUAUAAGGCUACUUACACAAUCCGCAAUGCCGCGCCUUUCGCUCUCAGUCCAGAUCUGCAAGGAACUCCGAUCGUUGCCAUGACAGCAUCAGCCAUCCAAGGAGACAAGGAAAAAUGUCAAACAGCUGGAAUGGACGACUAUCUCGCCAAGCCAGUGAAGAAGACGAACCUCGAGAAAAUGUUGAUAAAGUGGGCGAUCGAAGGACGGAAGAAGCGCGCCGAACUGAAGAAGAAUCCAAGCUUGUUGAAAGCGAGGACAAGGCCAAGCAACCCUUGCCACAACAACUCUUUCACAUCAGAAGGCUCCUCAGCCAUGAACAACGAAGAACUCCUCUCUUCUGAGCUGGACAGACUAGAAGUCUACCAGAAUACCAUCGCCCAAUCCGCGGAAAGCGCAGGCGAUAUGGCACUACGGCAACAGGCAGCCGAGGAGCAAGCCAUUGCCCUGCGAGAUCACGAACUCAUCGAAGCAGGCGAAGAUCCGAAAACUCGGCUUGGGAAGAAGCUGGGGAGUGAGGAUUCCACCUCUCGUCAAGUGGGAGAUGGACCCCCGCCGGGACCCAGUGCGCUGACGGCCGAGAACAUGCAGCGCUUUGCCAUGAGUGAUCCCAGAAUGGCGAAAUUGAAGAAAACAUUGAACGCGGAGAACGAUGAGGGAAGGAGCAGUGUCAUGGCUACUGUUGCGGAGACUGGGAGUCGUUUUAAUGAUGCCGGUGCUGGGACUCCAGCCAAAACGCCUGAAGAGACUGGAACGACAGGGCAUGGGAACGGGACCAAGGGACGAGGGAGUGUCUGA